AUUCAUAUCGACUUCAAGUACACUAUUUAUAAUUUUCUCUCUAAUAAUCUCUCUCUCUCUCUCUCUCUCUCUCGCUCUGUAGUAGGUUGACAAUGGAGUGUUGCUAUUACAUUUCCACCAAUACAUCUUCAACUCCAUCUCCUGCCAUUUCCAACUUUCAGGGUGUUUCAUCAUCUGUCGGUAGAAGAUUUUCUAAGACAACCUUAUGUCCUGGGGUGCUGUCUUCUCCACUUUCUAAACCAUUUCUUCAACUUAAUGACAGAUUGGAGCCCAUUGUUUACCAACAAUCCUCUUCUUGUUACCCUUUGAGAACAUAUAAGCGUCCCAUUUUUGCAGAAGCUGGAAAGCAAGGGUGGGACUUCGGGAGAUUUGUUAGGACAUUAUACUUUUUUAAUGGGCCUCCAUCUCCUGCUAAGUUCUUUGAGUUUCUAAUUGAGAAACUGUCUGGUCCAUCACCUAGUGAACCAGUAAAGGCUAUGGACACUUCUGGGAUCGUGCUAGUUGCUGGAGCCACUGGUGGUGUUGGGAGAAGAGUAGUUAACAUCUUACGCAAGAAAGGAUUGCCUGUCCGAUUAUUGGUCAGAAAUGAAGAGAAGGCAAGAAGCAUGCUAGGUCCAGACAUUGACUUAGUUGUUGGAGAUAUUACCAAGGAGAGCACUCUGGUCCCUGAGUACUUCAAAGGAGUGAAGAAAGUUAUUAAUGCUGUAUCAGUCAUUGUUGGCCCAAAGGAAGGGGACACUCCCGAGAGGGCAAAGUACAGCCAAGGGAUCAAGUUCUUCGAACCAGAGAUAAAAGGUGAUUCGCCUGAGAAGGUAGAAUUCAUUGGGAUGAAAAACUUGAUUAAUGCUGUAAAGGGGAGUGUUGGCCUUCGAACUGGAAAACUAGUUUAUGGAUUUGAAGGAAAUUCAUCUAGAGAUCUUGCUUGGGGUGCUUUAGAUGACGUAGUGAUGGGAGGAGUUAGUGAAAGUACAUUUCAAAUUGAUCCAACAGGUGGCGAGAAUGGUGGACCAUCUGGGCUUUUCAAAGGUGUUGUUUCCACUGCAAACAAUGGUGGUUUUACUAGUAUAAGAACAAAGAACUUUUCAGUACCUGAAAAUCUUUCUCCUUAUGACGGUCUGGAGCUUCGCAUUAAAGGUGAUGGCCGUCGGUAUAAACUUAUUAUACGCACUAGCCGUGAUUGGGAUACUGUCGGUUAUACAUCAAGUUUUGACACUGUGGAAGGCCAAUGGCAGUCAGUACGAGUGCCUUUUACUUCUCUGAGACCCGUAUUUCGAGCACGAACUGUGUCAGAUGCUCCACCCUUUGACUCAAGCAGCAUCAUAUCAUUGCAGCUCAUGUUUAGCAAGUUUGAAUAUGAUGGGAAGCUUAAUCCAACAUUCAAGGAAGGUGCAUUUCAGCUUCCAGUGUCAAGCAUACGAGCAUAUAUUAAAGACCCCAUCACUCCCAGAUUUGUUCAUGUGGGCUCUGCAGGGGUAACCCGACCUGACAGACCUGGACUUGAUUUAAGUAAACAGCCUCCCGCUGUCCGCUUGAACGAGGAACUGGGCUUUAUUCUCACUUUCAAGUUAAAGGGUGAAGAUUUGAUUCGGGAAAGUGGAAUUCCAUAUACAAUUGUAAGGCCUUGUGCAUUAACUGAGGAGCCUGCAGGAGCUGAUCUCAUAUUUGAUCAAGGAGACAAUAUAACGGGAAAAAUAUCCAGAGAAGAGAUUGCUCAAAUAUGUGUUGCUGCCCUAGAAAGCCCAUAUGCUUGCGACAAGACAUUUGAGGUUAAGAGUGUUAUUCCAUUUAGUGAGCCAUACACGGUGGACCCUGAAAACCCCCCACCUGAGAAAGAUUACAAUAUUUACUUCAAAACAUUGAAAGAAGGCAUUACAGGGAAAGAAAUCUUAGAACAAAGUCCUCUCCUUGUCUGAUACCUGUGCAUGGAAGGUCCAUUCUCAACACUAUCUAAACCCCUUCAGGUGAAAAAGACAGCAUGUUUAGAAGAACAAUGAAAAGCAAGGGAAGAUGCUAGAUUUACAUAUAAAUAAUUUUUUUUUUUUUUAUUAUAAAUGUCCUCAUUACGUACGAGUCCACUUGUGUUGGAGUGCAUGAAUGAUUUGCUUUUGAUUGUCAUGAAUUCAGUGUGUAUAUUUACUUUUGUAUAUAAGCACGCCUUUCGUAAACAUUAUGAGUGAUAAUACAUGUUAUGUUUUCUGGUUUUA